AUGACUACCGUCAAUGAGCAUCAGAUCCACCGUUCCGUGUCUCCCGAGACUUCUCCCACACUGGCUAUUGGAGCCUGCCCCGAGCUGUCUCGAUGCGUGUCAACAGCUUCGUCCAUGUCGCAUACCUCAGCAACUGAUUUGAGCCCCCCUGAUUCUCUGGGUGGCGAGCUCUUUUCUCGCCAGUCCUCUGGAUCUUUCCGGUCAUCGCGGCUGUCAGAUGUUUCCAACAUCUCCAGACAGUCAACCCACAGUGUGGAUAGCAAGGGCCGAAGAAGAGGGUAUGUACGACCACAAGCGACGGAUUUUGCUGCCAGUGCCAGAUCUAGGGAUAGCGUCAUGUGCUUGGGCAGUAUCGCUCAUUUGCAAUAUUAUUUUGCCAGAACCGGCCUCUUGGACGGCAAGGGUGGUCAACUCGCGCGCAAGAAGCCUAAUCAGCGUGCCACUCUGGACUUGUCGGUCCUCGAAAGCACAAGCUCUAACCCAACGAUUCUUGGCAUAGACGUGGACUCAUCAUACGAUUCAGUGGGCAGCAACCCGGACCAUUCAAGCCUUGGCAUGGAAACAAACGUCACUGUCGGCUCUCCUGCAGAGGAUGCUGAUGAGGACGACUUCGAGGAUAGCUUUGCCGAGUCGGACCCGGGAAUGCUUCCUCCAACAGUCAGCACGUAUCAUCAGAGGGACGACCCGAUUCCCAAGCCUCCCACGAUAGACGAGUUGAAGGCGGAGUUGGAAACAUCGUUGACAGAUGCCCAAAAGGCCCUGGAUGAAGUGCUUGCCCGCAAAGCUGGAUCAUAUCCAGAAACUCCAGAUGCGCCCCAGUUGCCCAAUAUGCCCGAGGAGAACACGCAGGGCUGGUAUGAACUGCAGGGCAUGCACAUCCUCGACGUGGUGACAUUGGCCAUCCGAGCUGCCAAGAUGUACUAUACUGCUCACGAGAUGCCGGAUCGCCUAGACUAUAUCAAAUCUGAGAAGCAGAUUCGGGCCGACCUUUUGGCUGUGAUGGAAGUCUUGAAGCAAAUGGCCACCAGAAACUUCAAAGGCGGCUUGAGAGACGAUGAAAUCAAGACAAUGGUCGGCUGGGUCGAGAGUGUCUUCCAUAUUCUAGACAAGGAACGGGAAAUUGAGGCUGCUGAACAAGCGGAACGAAAGAGCUGGGUAUGGCUCGAUGGUGACUGGACUGGGCGAGAGGUGGAGAGAGAGAAGGCAUUUCUCCUGUCAUUGGAUCCUGAAGGAGAAGCGCUUCCCGACUGGACACCUCUAUCCCAAGCAUCUGAGUGCCCAACGCCAUUUCUCCGCAGCUUGCAGAACGGACUGCGACUUGUCAAGCUGCACAACGCUGCUGUAAAGAAGUCUAGAAGGCGCUUUGGUGCCAUACCUACUUUCCAUACCGACACGCAGAAACCAUACCGAUGUGCUGACAAUCUCCGCUAUUGGGUCAAAGCGGCUGAACUCCGGUUCGAGGUGAUGCUCAAGGUUGACGUGCUGGGCAUUGUCUACAACAAUGGGCCUGAAGUAUGGCAAGAAUUUGAGACCGCCAUUCUCAAGUGGUGCAAGCAUGUGCGGGAGGAGAUUGCCAGCGAGCUGGUGUAG